CCCAGCCUGUGGACGUCUUGAUGACAUGUUUUAUUGAUUGCAGAUUAUCUCAGGGACACUUUUUCCGUUGUUGCACAAAGUCAGACGGCAGAUGGUCAGAUAACAUUAGAAGAGGACCAAACUAAGUAAUACACCAUGAGCUAUACAUUUCUCAAGUCAACCAUACUUUUGUUCCUCUCCGCAGAUAUCUGCUAUGGAGCCGGUGUACUCACUGUUGACUUACUUCAUAGAGCAACGGGGGAGAGUGUGACCUUCACAACAUCUGUAAAACCACAAGCCAAACCAUUUAUGGCAUUGGCUUGGACUUUCAAUAGUACCACCAAUGUAAUAACCUCAACCAGUGCAGAUGUGGUGGGACCAGGCUAUGAGAACAGGAUCACCCUGGAUAAAUUCACUGGCUCUCUGGUGCUAAGAAAUAUGACUAAAGAAGACAGCGGGCAAUACAAGUUAAUCAUCAUCCCCUACGGAGCAGCGCAGAUUCAAGGAACGGCUAAACUGGAGGUGCUGACCAAAGUGUCGAAGCCCACCUUGGCCUGCCCCACAGAGAACUUAAUGGAAGGUCAGACCUCCCUUAACCUAACCUGCCAUGCUGACAGCCCCGUGUCUCGCGUGUGGCUGAAGGACGGCAAACCUCUGGUUCCCGGAGACAGAUUCAGCUUUCACGAUGGCAACAGAGUGUUGUCCAUCAGCCCCUUGAACAGGAAAGACACUGGAGAGUUUCUUUGUAAUGUCAGCAAUCAUUUCAGUUUUGAUACGGACAAAUGCAGACUUAAAGUCUACUGGGGACCUGACCAACCAAGAAUUGUUCAGACUCCAAAUGGAGCAGAACUUGAAGAGAGUGUUUUACUGAGGUGCUCUGCUGACUCCCUACCAAAGGCAUCUUUCUCCUGGACGUUCAAACACACGACGAUGAAGGGACCUUCACAUUACAUCGAUGAGAUGGAAAAGAGGCACCUGGGGAAGUACACCUGCACAGCCCGUAACCUUAUCACUGGUCUGGAAGCCUCUGUGUUCCACACACUGUGUGACUCCUCUACUCCCAUCACUGGUUCUAUGUCCAUGAUGUUUUGCACUGUCCUGACCACGGUGACACUCAUAUCGGUCUAAAGACUACAUUUAAUCUGGGGAAAUUAUGUUAAAUAACAAGCUUGCUCAUUUGAAACUUCCAUUGUCUUUAUUUUGGAUAAUUUAUCUGUGUUAAGUAUAUUGCUAUGUCUCUUUAAAUUGUAUGUUCACAUAAAAUAUGACAAAUGACAAAUAAAGCAGUGAUC